AUGAGUAAGAAACAAGUUAAUUCAGCCACUUCUAGUGUUAAAUCCACUGACUUUAGUGGAUUACCGCAACCUUUCACCAACGGCAACACUGAUGAUAUCCCACAGCCGCUGCAACAGCAACAGCCACAACAACCACAACAACUACCUGAAGAUCUUGAAGACCAAUCUUCUGUUGGCUCGCGUCAUGGUCACUUCAAAGAAUCAGAUGCAGGUGAUGGUACACUACGUGAAGAUCAAUACAUUCACGGUCCACGGUUAGCUUUAUGUUUUGUUUCAUUGUUUCUUUGUUUAUUCUUGUUUGCAUUGGAUCAAACCAUUGUUGCAACAAUUUUAUCCACAGUGGGGAACAAAUUCGAUGCAUUUGAAAAUGUUGGUUGGUUAUCGUCAGGUUUUUUGUUGACGAUGGCGGUGUUUAUCCAACCAUAUGGUAAAUUAUCAAUCAUAUUUGGUAGAAAAUGGUCAAUGGUUGUUGCUAUUGUCAUUUUUGAAGCAGGCUCUUUAAUGUGUGCAUUGGCUUCAUCAAUGAAUGUCUUGAUUGGUGGUAGAGUACUUGCUGGUGUUGGUGGUGCUGGUAUACAAGGUUUAGCAUUUGUUAUUCUUUCCGAAGUGGUGCCAAUAGACAAAAGACCUCUUGGUAUGACAAUCUUGUCUGUGACAUUUGCUGUUGCAUCAGUUUUGGGUCCAUUGAUUGGCGGUGCUUUCACCACGCAUGUUACUUGGAGAUGGUCGUUUUACAUCAAUUUACCAGUUGGAGGAUUUGCUUUGGCAGUGUUUUUGUACUCUUUCCGCCCUCCAUUACCCAAAGUCGAUAUUUGGGAAGAGUUGAAACAGUUUGAUUACAUUGGUACUUUUUUCUUCAUUUCGGGGAGUGUUAUUCUUUUGUUGGCAAUCACAUUUGGUUCAUCAGAUUUUCCAUGGAAUUCAGGUGCUGUUAUCUCGUGCUUCGUACUUGGUCCGGUAUUGUUGAUCAUCUUUGCCAUAUGGAAUUUCCGUUUUUCCAAGAACCAAAUCAUUGGCACUGAUGUUAUCACGACGCCACAAAUUAUUGCCUCAGCACUUUCGAUAUCGGGUGUUUAUUCAGCAUCCAUUGUUACAAUGAUUUAUGCUUCAGUGUAUUUUCAAGUCAUUCGUGACUCAAGUGCAAUGGGUGCUGGUUUGCACUUGCUUCCAAGCAUCAUUGCCACUGUGAUAUCAUCAAUUGUUGCAGGAGGUGCGAUCCAAAAACUAAAAUAUGUCAAACCGUGGGGUGUUUUUUCAGGAGUGUUGGCACCAAUAGGUGCUGGUUUGUUGAGUUUGUUGCGAGUUGACUCUCCCUUUUCCAAGCAAGUUGGGCUAUUAAUCAUCAUGGGUGCUGCAACAGGUUCCCAAUUCCAGCCAGCUAUGUUGUCUGCCCAAAUCAAAGCACCAAAGACUCCAGGUGGUACCAUUAUGACAACAACCUUUAUCAAUGCCUCUAGGUGUUUAUCAUCAGCAAUUGCUGCUACGUUAUCUGAUGCUGUGUAUACAUCAAGUUUGAACAACUUUUUCAAGAAAAACAUCCCCAAAGCCAGUGCUGAAGUUCAGCAAUCAUUACAAUCGAUUGACAUUUCGAACCUUAUGUCCAAUAAUGCAAUUUUGAGGACAUUGGAUCCAGCCACUGAGAAAUUUAUCAAAGAACAAAUGAUGAAGUCGAUUCAAAAUGUAUUUUACAUGUGUAUUGGUUUAGCAGCUAUAACUACAUUGGCUUGUCCGUUUGUCUCCAAUAAGAAAUUACCUGACACGAAACAAGUGGCCAAAGUGGAGAAGAAAAAGGAGGAGAUAGAACAAGGAGAUGCAACUGAAGCUGAAAAAGAAGCUCAAAUGAAGGAGCUCGAUGCUGAAUUGACCGACUCGACGCCGCAGGAUUUACCUAAUGAAAGCAAUAAAGUUGAAACUAAAUAG